AUGAACAGGAGGCAUGGAUCGUUCACGUACAGAAACGAGGGUAGUGUCCAGGCCUUUGGGUCAAAGGAAAACACUCUUCUUGUUGCGACGCCAGGUAAGCUGGUCGAGUGGGAUAGAACAAGAAGGAGGGUUGCUAAAGAGGUGCCUGUGGACAUGGAAGUGACGGAUGUUAAGGACUUUAAUGGGCACUGGGUUCUGCUGUCAAAAAGCAGUGUUGGGCUUCUUUCUGGAAGCAAGGUAGAGGAAGUUACUACAAAAGGGCCUCUGGAUGCUUCUGUUGUAUACAGGGAUCGGUUUCUGCUUGUGGGCGACAAAGAGAUCACAGUCAUCGCCGCCAUGGAGGAGAGUGUUGAGGUCAGAAGGACAAGGCUGGCAUCUGACAAUGGGGUGUGCACAUGCGGAGUGGCUGCCACGAACAAGCUAUUUCUGUCAUUUGAGAACGGAAAGGUGUUCGUUGUCGAAGAGCCAAAGGUAACAGAGAUUCUGGCAGGGAGGGCUAGUGAGAUGAGAAUGGAUGAGUUUCAGUGCCUGAUAUUCCUGAAAGAGCCCAUAGUCUCGAUCAAUCUCCUUGGGGAUGUGCUGGUGGUAUCGCUGUUCAACAAAAAGGUUCUUGCACUGAGUCUGGAAACUAAGGAGGCCUCGUUCACCGAGUUGCUCUACGAUAUCAAGGCCUCCGCCACAUGGAACAACCUGAUUGUUGUCUGCGACAGCAGAAACAACGUUAUAUUUCUCACACAGGGCCUCGAAGUUACUUACGGCAACUGCCUUAAGGAGGAGAUAUGCAAUAUAUUGACUGACGGCCCAAGACUGAUCAUAGGAUUCAAGGUGGGCGUCGUGAAGGAAUACGAAGGGGAUGAUGGAGCUUGGGCUGAGUUGGCUUGUGGAGUGCCCAGGUGA